AUGGCAUAUAAAGUGCUUCUUUUCGGUCUAAUUAAUUCAGCCCAAAAAUACCUGACUGGAGAGGUGUUCAACUACAAAGUGAAUGCAACAGGUUCCUCACUGAAGAAGAGCCAAAUAUGGACCAUUGAGUUUACCAAGGAGGACUGUCCUAUGGUCCAUAUCAAGAGUUUUUUUAACAGGUACAUUGCUGCAGACAAGGAUGGCAAGAUCACCUGUGAUCAGGAGGUGCCCACUCCGAACUGUGAUUUCCUCAUGAUGCUUCAUCCAGACGGAAGAGUCUCCUUCCAAUCAGAGCGCACCAAACGGUAUUUAGGAGGAAACCAGGACAACAUCACAUGCUUUGCCCAGGCUAUUUCAGCCAGUGAGAAGUGGGUGCCCCACCUGGUUAUCCACCCCAGUGUUAACAUGUUCAACCCUGGCAGAAAAAAUUACCUUCGACUGAAUGAGCAAAAUGGAAGAAUGCUCUGUGACAAGAGCCAACCCUGGGGCGCGGACUGUGUCAUGACACUUUAUUUUGACAUCAAAGAGAAAAAAUACGCCAUAAGGACGGGAACUGGUAGCUUUAUUGCUUGCAACGGGAAAACUGAGCCCGCAAUAACAAAUAGAACAUUAUAUCGCCUAGAGAUCCAGAAUGGGAUGAUCAGUCUAAAGGAUAUGCACGGUAAAUUCCUAUCUGCGAAGGACUGCAAUGUAAAAACAAUUAAAACUUUGAAUCCUAGUACAGAUGAACUUUUUAUCAUAGACCCUUCUCCUGGGCAGAUCUGUAUUAUGUCAUUGGCUAAUGAGAGGUACAUCACCUGUAAGCCAGGCCCGGCUGUCUAUUCAAAUGUUAAUGAUAUAAAGGAUGCUGGAAACUUCCAAAUUAUGAUGGAUUCCACAACAAAAAAAGUUUGCUUCCAAAAUAUUUCAAAACACUACCUCGCAGUUGGUGCCAAAGGCUUCAUUGAAGUCUCUAAGCAACUAGACUUUCACUGCUGGUUUCAAAUCAUGUAUAACUGUGAAAAGGCAGCUUUAAAGGCAUCAGAUGGAAGAUACGUGACUGUGAAUGCAGGUGGCCAGCUCUUAGUGGGGCCAAUUUCAAUUGGGAGACAGGAAGAAUUUGUCUUAAAACUUACUAAUCGAUCUCAGCUAAUACUCCAGAGUGAAUUUGGUUUUGUUGGCUUUUUGCCUGGGAAGCAAAAGUUGGUUUGCAACAGGCCAAUGUAUGAAGCAAGCAAAAUAAUUUCAACUGCUGAUGGCUUCUAUCAGUUCAAAGUAGCAUCACUUGACAGAUACUGGCAGUUGGAUGAAGAAGGCGCAAUCACAACCACAGGAGAAGUGCCUGUUAAUUUCACUAUUGAAUUGAUCACUUCAGACCAAAUGAUCAUAAGAGGACCCAACGGGAAAUACAUUUUAGCAGAAUCUGAUGGAAGCUUCAGAGCUAUUGGAGAAGAUGCCAAGUCUGCUUCAUUGUUCCGAUACUAA